ACUGGACUACAUGAUGGAUGGAAGGGAUUUGACAUGCGAUUUGGGAGAGAGAGAACCAGUACCUUUAGUCACCUAAAGUUUAGGGGCAGUUAACACAUCAAAUGGACAAUGGUUUGUGUCCUGCCUUUGGAACCUUACUAGCUGCACUGUGUUUGAAAAAUCAUGGCGGAAAGAGAUCUUUUAGAGCCCAAGGAGGGGGAAAAAGAGGAAGGGAGAUCACCAAGAGAAGAGAGAGAUGUACACCACAUUGAGGAAAGAAUGAGAUCAUGAGCACAUGAAACUGAUGACAAGCAGGAGCUCCACCAGCAGAACUCAGAAGAAAGAGGUAUUCAGAACAAAGAGAGCUGACACCAUCCCGGAAGGGAAAAAAAAAAAUGAACAACUGGUGGUGAAAUGAGUCCAAGCAAGAGAUUACACUUUGCACCACAAAGAAAAAGGUGCUGAAGGUUUAUCAAGAACUCCUUUGUCAAUGAAGGGAAAAACUGAUUGGGAUAUUGACAAACAGAGGUUGUAAUACUCUUCACCAUGCGCAAAGGGGUGCCAAAGGACCCAGAGAUAGCAGACCUGUUCUACAAGGAGGAUCCUGAAGACAUUUUUGUUGGUUUACAUGAAAUUGGACAUGGAAGCUUUGGGGCUGUUUAUUUUGCCACAAAUUCCCACACCAAUGAAGUGGUGGCAAUUAAGAAAAUGUCUUACACUGGAAAACAAACCAAUGAGAAAUGGCAGGAUAUUCUUAAGGAAGUCAAAUUUUUACGUCAGUUGAAGCACCCCAACACCAUUGAAUAUAAAGGCUGCUACUUGAAAGAACAUACUGCCUGGUUGGUGAUGGAAUACUGUUUAGGAUCAGCUUCUGACUUACUAGAAGUCCAUAAGAAACCGCUUCAAGAAGUAGAGAUUGCUGCCAUCGCCCACGGUGCCUUGCAGGGCCUGGCCUACCUGCAUUCUCAUCUGUUGAUUCAUAGGGAUAUUAAAGCUGGAAACAUUCUCCUAACAGAGCCAGGUCAGGUGAAGCUGGCUGAUUUCGGGUCCGCCUCGAUAGCAUCUCCUGCCAACUCCUUUGUGGGGACACCUUAUUGGAUGGCUCCAGAGGUCAUCCUCGCCAUGGAUGAAGGACAGUAUGAUGGGAAGGUGGACGUCUGGUCUCUCGGAAUUACGUGCAUUGAGUUAGCGGAACGGAAGCCCCCCCUUUUCAACAUGAAUGCAAUGAGUGCCUUAUAUCACAUAGCCCAGAAUGACUCCCCGAUGUUACAGUCAAAUGAAUGGACAGACUCCUUUAGGGGAUUUGUUGAUUACUGCUUACAGAAAAUACCUCAGGAAAGGCCAACAUCAGUGGACCUAUUGCGGCAUGACUUUGUACGGCGAGAUCGGCCACUGCGGGUCCUAAUUGACCUCAUACAGAGGACGAAAGAUGCCGUUCGUGAGCUGGACAAUUUACAGUAUCGGAAAAUGAAGAAAAUCCUGUUCCAGGAGACCCGGAAUGGACCCUUGAAUGAGUCACAGGAGGAUGAAGAAGAGAGUGAACAUGGAACAAGCCUGAGCAUAAACAUGGACAGCCUGGGCAGCAAUCACUCCAUCCCGAGCGUGUCUGUGAGCACGGGCAGUCAGAGCAGCAGUGUUAACAGCAUGCAGGAGGUGCUGGAGGAGAGCGGCUCCGACCUGCUCGCACCCCUCGAAGACGACAGCUCCGUUAGUUCCACCCCCUCUGUGCCGCACAAGAAGGAUCAUGUAUUCAUAAGGGAUGAGGUGGGCCACAGGGAUUCCAGGCCUGAUCUGCGGCCUACCCAGUCAGUCCAGAGUCAGGCCCUCCACUACCGGAACCGAGAGCGCUUUGCCACUAUCAAAUCAGCAUCUUUGGUUACACGGCAGAUCCAUGAGCAUGAGCAGGAGAACGAGUUGCGGGAACAGAUGUCAGGAUAUAAGCGGAUGCGGCGCCAGCACCAGAAGCAGCUGAUUGCCCUGGAGAACAAGCUGAAGGCUGAGAUGGACGAGCACCGCCUCAAGCUGCAGAAGGAGGUGGAGACGCACGCCAACAACGCGUCCAUCGAGCUGGAGAAGCUGGCCAAGAAGCAAGUGGCCAUCAUAGAGAAGGAGGCAAAGGCGGCUGCAGCAGAUGAAAGGAAGUUCCAGCAACAGAUCUUGGCUCAGCAGAAGAAAGACUUGACAACUUUCUUAGAAAGUCAGAAGAAGCAAUAUAAGCUUUGCAAGGAAAAAAUAAAGGAGGAGAUGAACGAGGACCACAGCACACCCAAGAAAGAGAAGCAAGAGCGUAUAUCGAAGCAUAAGGAGAAUCUUCAGCACAGCCAGGCCGAAGAGGAAGCCCACCUCCUCACCCAGCAGAGACUGUACUAUGAUAAGCACUGCCGUUCCUUCAAACGGAAAGCCAUGCUCAAAAGGCACGAGAUGGAGCAGCAGAACAUCCGGGAGGAGCUCAAUAAGAAGAGGACGCAGAAGGAGAUGGAGCACGCCAUGCUGAUCCGGCACGACGAGUCGACGCGGGAGCUGGAGUACAGGCAGCUGCACACGCUGCAGAAGCUCCGCAUGGACCUGAUCCGCCUGCAGCACCAGACCGAGCUGGAGAACCAGCUGGAGUACAACAAGAGGCGCGAGCGGGAGCUGCACCGGAAACACGUCAUGGAGCUUCGGCAGCAGCCCAAGAACCUCAAGGCCAUGGAGAUGCAGAUCAAGAAGCAGUUUCAGGACACUUGCAAAGUCCAGACCAAACAGUAUAAAGCACUCAAGAAUCACCAGUUGGAAGUUACUCCAAAGAAUGAGCACAAAACAAUCUUGAAGACACUGAAAGAUGAGCAGACAAGGAAACUGGCCAUUUUGGCAGAACAGUAUGAGCAGAGUAUUAAUGAAAUGAUGGCCUCUCAAGCGUUGAGGCUGGACGAGGCCCAGGAAGCCGAGUGCCAGGCCCUAAGGCUGCAGCUACAGCAGGAGAUGGAGCUGCUCAACGCCUACCAGAGCAAAAUCAAGAUGCAGACGGAGGCCCAGCACGAGCGCGAGCUCCAGAAGCUGGAGCAGAGAGUGUCUCUUCGGAGGGCACAUCUUGAGCAAAAGAUUGAAGAGGAGCUGGCCGCCCUUCAGAAGGAACGCAGUGAGAGGAUCAAGUUUCUGUUGGAAAGACAAGAGCGUGAGAUUGAAACUUUUGACAUGGAGAGCCUUCGAAUGGGAUUUGGGAAUUUGGUUACAUUAGAUUACCCUAAGGAGGACUAUAGAUGAGAUUAAAUUUUUUUGCCAUUUACAAAAAAAAAAAAAAAAAAAACGAAAAAAGAAAAUUAAAAUCCUGCAAAACCACAUUCCCCAUUGGAACGGGCGUCGCUCUCGCUCUCUCUCUCUCUUACUCUUACUGACAUUGUGUCGGACUAGUGCCUGUACAUUCUUACUCCAUCAGGGGCCCCUUCCUCCCCCGUGUCAAGUUUCAGUGCUGGCCACCCCCCGGGCCACUCUUUUAUCCAUAGUACGUCACAGUAUUGAUGUGAUUAUAAAAUGUUUCAGUGAAAACUUUGGAGACAGUUUUAACAAAACCAACCGACCAACAAAUGAUUUUUUUAAAGUGGAUGUAUGUUUCUUUAAAGCAAUCACUCAUUACCACCAAACCUAUGAAAGUCAAGCAAAAAAUAUAUAUAUUUACAUAUAUAUAUAGAUAUAUGAAUAUAUCUAUAUAUAUAAAAUAAUGAAAAAAAAAUUCUAAAUGCCAAGGGGGAGAGAGACACAAUAUCCGCAGCCUUACACCUUAAAUAGCUGCUGCAUUCUUCUUUCUUUCCUUUUCUUUCUUUUCUUUUUCUUUUUCUUUUUUGUUUUUUUUUUUUUCGGGUAUUUAUUCAUCAGGAAUUUAAAAAACAAAGUUUUAUUAAAGAUUGAGAAAUUUGAUACAUUUUACAGAAUCUAAUUGUGAUGUACAUAUCAGUGGUGACAUAUUAAUUACUUUUUUGGGGAUUGGGGUGGGGAGGGGGGGGCGGGCGGGGGGGCGGGGCAGAGAUAUUGUGAUUUUUAAGAACCUGCUGGCAAGGGUUUCGCUUGCCUUCAGCAUAUUCUGAUUGUAUCAUAAUCAUUUUCUGCUGUUGCAGAGAAUGUGAAUACAUUUAAAAAGCUCACAGAUUCCCAGUAGCACAAAUUGGGCUUAAGCAAAUCGUGUAUUUUGUGUAUAGAAGGAAUUUAAGGAGAGGUAUGACUUAUUUUCAUAUUGUAUUUUAACUGUUUCUCUGAUCAAAUUUUUUUACUUCCUCCUCCUCGUCCUCUUCCUCCCCCCCCACCCUUUUCCACUUCAAUAUUUGGAAUCCAACACUGUCUCUCAAACAAAUGACCUUGAUCUUUUUUUCUUUCUAUCUCCUUCCCCCGCCUCCCAUUACCCCCCAAUCCCAUCUCUCGGUCAUAAAUAUUACAUUAUUCACACUUUCAAACUGUGUAUUUUCUUACAAUAAAAAACGGUUUAAAAGAAAUGCUUUACUUCUUUUGCAUGCACUUUAAAAAACAAACAAAAAAACCCUUUUCAGGUUCCAAGGAAGAGCAUGAUAACUGUCAGAGCUUUUAAUUAUAUUUGUAAAUAAAAGUGUUCAUCACAA